AUAAUACAAAUUAUAUGAUAGGAAUAAUAGAUGGAGCAGUUGCAAAAUUUAAUCAACUAUUUAAAACAAAUACUUUUCAGAUUCCUUGUGCUUUACAUAUAGCACAUAUUAUUUCAACUAAUUUUGAAGAAAUAGCUUUUGGAAAAACUUCUGCAACAAUUGGAUUUACAAAAGAAAAACAUUCUUUUAAUCUUUUAUAUUUUGUAUAG